AUGCACAAUGCCGCAGAAGUUACGGUGAACUUCACCCUCAACAGACAAGGUGCUGGAGCGACCAAUGGAAAAGACAAGACAUCGGGAGAUAAUGAUGGGCAGAAGAAAGUCCAAGAAGAAUUCGACAUUGACAUGGAUGCACCAGAGACAGAGCGUGCGGCUGUGGCCAUUCAGUCUCAGUUCAGAAAAUUCCAGAAGAAGAAGGCCGGAUCACAGUCCUAG